AUGGAUGUAGGGCAAUUCCGAUUUCUUGAUAGCUUCCAACAUAUGGAAAUAGGUCUUAAUAAACUUGUUGAGACUUUUGGCGGAAAGCUUGAGAAACUUCCUUUAUCGGUCAAGCACUUCACUGAAAAGGGGUACUCGUUAGAUCAAAUCAAUCUAUUAAUAAAACGAAAAGGCGAUGAUGGCUUGGAUCCUUCUCAUUACGUUUCAGCACCAGGGAUGUUUAACGAUUCGCUAUACAAAAGUAGCGGAGUUAAAAUCAAGUUGAUGUCAGAUAUGGACGAGUAUUUGACGGAAUUCGCGGAGGCAUGA